CAGAAGUCCUGGCUGUUGAGCGCGUGAGCUGCGAGGCUGUUGGCAGUGUGUUGGUGUUUAUCUGCAGGUUCGAGUGUGUGUUGAUCUGUAUGAAGAGAGAUUCUGAUCAGUGUAUUGAUUGGUUUUCAAUAAGGAAACAAGUUCACGGUGCCAAGUAUGUGACUCAGUGACAUCCUCCCUGUGUUGGCCUCUCACCAAGUCCGUCAGCAGAAAGAGGAGCUCUGCAGUUGUCAGCCUGUGCAGGGAAAAGUCCUUCCAAUGUCUUUAGUGGAGGAUAUUCUGGAUAUGCUGCGCAUCGUGCUGGAGUACUUUGGCGUGGAACCAGACAUGCUGGUCCCAGUGUGGGACAGUCAGCAUUGCGGUCAGUAUCGCAGCAUUGUGCGGAUGAUUGGGACAAAUCUCCCACUGACACCAACACCACGUGUUCACUUUCAGGUCCCUUUGCUCACCUAUAAGCCCAAUGGAUAUGGUGAUGUCACCGUGGAAACGCCUGCCAUCCCCUCAUUCGCUGACGUCAUGUGGGUGUUUGAGGACGAAGGGGAAAGUUUUUCCAAGACCAGGAACCAUUUACCUCCGCAGAAGCGAAGCACUGUAAAUCGAGAUGGGGUGAGAUACCCGGGACCGGCCACAAGGCAAACCCUGAGAGGAGGCAGAGCUGUGAGUCAGAGCACUGAUCCAGUGGCCCUGAAGAAGAUCACAGCACUGGAGAGCGAGCUGCUUCAGCUACGAGCUCAGAUAGCCAUGAUUGUUACCACCGCUCCAGCCUCAGGUCUGACCGAGUGCCAGAACGCCCCGGGUACACCUCUGAUGUGUGCUCGGCCACCUCUUACCUCCACACCUCGCACUGCUGCUCCUCCACCACCACCUCCGCCACCUCCUCCUCCCCCCCCUCCCUGCCCUGGCACCUCCACUGAGACCUUGUCUAUGGUAGACCUGAUCCGCCAACGAAGGAAUAACGAUAAAGACCCCAGCAGGGGGGUGGAAGUUAAAGGGAUCCCCUCCAUGCUGGAUGUUCUCAAGGACAUAAGCCAAGUGACAUUGCGCAUGGUGGAGAGGUCACCAGGGGGCACACCAGUCAGGAGGAGAGGCAGUAAGGGAGGGGGGGCACUGCUCAGUGACCCAGCAGCUCUUAUCGCAGAAGCGCUAAAGAGAAAGUUCGCCCUGUAUCGCCAUAACAACUCGUCCGACAAAGAGAAUUCCCUCGAACUCUCACCUUUCGGCAGCCCGGAAACACCUAAGGUCCCUCACCACACCAGACGCAGUCAGGGACAACGCCACCUGAUGUCCCGUUAAAUGAUCACCGCUGAACCCGAAAGGUCAAACGUAAGACAGCGCAUCAGCCAAUCACAGCUGCCACAGAUUUUAGUCUUUUUAUUCGUGUGUUCUUGUACGAGUGUUUGUCUCACAAUGGACCAAGCGCUUGAUGCUGGCGUGUUUUUCCUUGUUGGGAGGUUUGAAUGUAUAUUUUUGUUAAGGUUAAUGCUGUAAGCAAGGGUAAUAGUGUUGUUUUGUCUUAUUUGUGAAUUGCAUUCCUAUGUUUCCAGUGUUUUUUACAGUGGUAUGUUUGUGUGCAGAGCUUCUUUUUUAAGGAGAUAAUGUAUUUAAAGGAGACAUAUUUAGCUCCUAAGUUGAGUUGCUACUUGAAAAGGUUUACGUGCUCGAAUGUUCAGAAAACGCAUCACUUUCCUCAAACUGUCCAUCGCUGCUGCUCCUCGUUUCAGCCUCUGUCUGAAACGCUUGCUUUUAACUCCUGUCUCUUUAAGAACCCCCUCCCAGUAAGCCCAGGCUGCUCUGAUUGGCCUGAUGGCCCACUCUGUUGUGAUUGGUUAACCGUUUCCAUUGUGUGUAGGAAACGACUAUGCUUGACCUGUCUUUGUUCGGGGGCACAGGCCGUUUACGUGCACAAAAAAACCUACACACUGUGGAAAGGAUAACAUGUCUCCUUUAAACAGUUAUACACUGUAGCUUGUAGCUAUCUGCCCUCGUGUAUCUCAAAUCGCUUUAUGAGACUUUAAUUUCAACCAAGUGAAAUAAACAACAUUGUGUUUUAAGAUUCAUGUAGCUUUACUUUAUGCAACCGCAGUUUCAGGUAUUUUUAUUUUGUGAAAAUGUUCAAGUGCACUAAUGUUCUUUUGUUGUGCUUCCUGAUUUGUGUCCAAAUCCCUGUAAAUGUUAUAAUUUUAAUGUUUUAAUUGAGGCUCAAACUGCUGCAGAACAUUGUGCACAUGACAACGUAAUUUUACAUUGUUGCGUUCAGGGCUGUUUUUAAGCAUAUGUGAGCUUGGUGUUGUCCGGGCACGAUAAAACGAGGAAGAGGAAAUCUUUUUUAAUUAAUAUCCGACUCUGUUGCUAGAGUACACAAGCCUGUCUCUGCCGAGAAAUCACACAGGAGCAGAAACCAGAAUAAAUCAUAACAGGGAUUAAUUAUCGUGUAAGCUUCUAAUUUACAGAUGAUGUUUGAUUAAAUUUAGCUUAAAUAAUGAUAAAAAUAGUGUCCAUUGUCAUAAUGAAGAUUAUUCUCCUCGGGGGCACCAGUGUUCUCUCGCAGGGGGCCCCAACCCACCUUAUAUAAAAACAGCCUUGACUUGCAUCAGAUGUUGUUGUUCCAGUUUUGGUACAUGAAUGUCUGUGUGUUCAACUAUGUAAUAAAUUUUCUAACAAA